CACCCUCCUGCAGGAUAGCGGAUCGGACAGCUAGCUAGAGAAAGGGAGCUGCAGAAAUGAUCAAGGAAUUGGUUUCCUUACUCGUCGUCAGCAUGCUUUCAGAGGGAAGGCUGAUCUGUCACCACGACAGCUACGUCAUGAGACAAGGUUUCUGCUACCGCUACGUGGACAGCUCUGCUACCUACUCCCAAGCCACGGAGCGCUGUGUGCGAGACGGGUAUGGAACAGGCAUGCUCUACAUCAAUUCUGUCGAUGAGAAUAGCUACAUCUGGACAGACAUGUUCUCUGGCCACAAUAAAGAUGAGUUCUGGCUGGGACUGGACGACCAGGCAAAUGAAGGGGACUUCAGGUGGUCCUUCAACAAGUCCAAGCCUUCCUACACCAAUUUUACCUCCAGCAAUGGAGAUGUCAACAAUGACAAUUAUGAUUGUGUCAAGUUUACUGACAAUGGCUGGCAAGUCGCUGAGGAUUUCUGCGAAAACUUGUACAUGCCGUUUGUAUGCAAAGCUCCAGUGUGUGAGAGCAGUGAUGGGGUGAUAUGUGACGAUGUGAGGGUGAGAGAAAGUGGAGGGGGAGGACUAAGUACAGGUGCAAUAGUAGCCAUCGUAAUCGUCCUUCUGAUCCUCGUCUGUAUCAUUGUGGUUGUCGUGGUGCUGGGUCUACUGUGGAAGUUCAAGAACGACACAUUUCGUCACUAUGUUUGUCCGUGUGUCGGGCGUGACUCGAAGCAGGCGUUGAUGUCUCUGCAACAGGAGAACCAGCGACUGCGCCAGGAGUUGAACCAGUCCAAAAUCAGCACCAGCAAUCGAUUUACACCCGGUCACUUUGGUUGGUUCUCCUCCUCACCAUACCACUCACAGCAGGUCCCGUCUCCCCCUCAGGUCGAGAGUCAGUAUCAGGGGUGCCUGAUGGGAUGGGGGGAAUGCUGCCUCCACUGAAGUCAGGUCUUGGAGUGCCUCGUAGUCCAGAGCCUUUUUCGUCUCCCACCAAACCUCCUCCACUCACCUUCCAGCGCAGCACUUCACGAGUAACCCCGGUGACCCCUUCAGGGGGUUCACUAUUUCCACCUACUCCAUCAGUAUUUACUGGCGGGUCUCAGAGAACCUUUAGACCGUCAGUGUCAGGUGGAGCUCAGAGGGGUGUGGCUCCACUGGCUCCUCUGAAGGAACGUGAGGAAGAAGACAGCAGUACUGCGAGCGAAGAUGAUGACACCUCUGUGGAAAAAGUGGUCCUGCCUACUGACGGGGCAAAAGCUCCGACUAAGACAGCUGCAUCGGUUGAAGUAAAGGCAGACAGGGAUUCCAAGGUGAAAGGAGAAGCUGGGAAAGAUGAGGAGGUGAAAGGUGAAACUGGGACCGAGGCAACUACACAGGUCAAAGGUGAAGAGGAAAAAAGCCAGGUUGACGAUGUUCAAUCACAUGCUGAGUCUAAAGGUCAAGCGGAGGAACCUACAGAACCCUAGCUGUACAUUACUGCACACACACACACACACACACACACACAAUUCCAUGCAGCUACUGUACCUGCGAAAAAGAUCACUAUUUUUAAUACGCAAGUCUCAAAGCACUUUCAUAAUUAUAGCCGAAAGACUUUCUCUCUCCCACAAGAGUGUUAGGAAAAGUCAAAUACAAAAAUCAAAAACUUGCAGACUCUUCUCCAUGAGAGGCUUGUGAGAAAAUACACAAUAAAAGAGUCAGUGUGAGUCAGAUUUGUCGUUGCCAUUGGCAACUCGGAGUACCCUGUACACAGGAUUGUGGUAGACCAGUUGGAAGGG